GAGGAGAGCGAGGACGAGGAGAGCAAGGACGAGAAAAGUGAGGAAGACGAUGACGAGGGCGAGGGCGAGGAAGCCGAAGAAGCCAACAGAGAUCUCCGAAGCCUACAAGCAGAGCGAAGCGACAGCAACCGUGAUCAGCUGCAAACGCUCGAGGACCAAGUCGAGCGGCUUAGCAUCGGCGAUGCGGAAACACUAAAGCCCCCCUCGUUCGAUAAGAUUUUGGGAGAGCUUAUGCAGGAUGCGUGUUAUCGACAGAGUCUCUUCGAUUCGCAUUGUAUCCUUAACAAUUUGCGCGGAGUCGCGUCCCUGCUAGAGACGUACAAGGAUGAUCCGUUCGUCAGCCGGAGAAACAGGGACGGCGUCAACUGCAUCGCCCUGGCCGCAGUCGAAGGCCAUGAUCAGAUGAUCCAGUUACUCCGCGACAAGGGCGGCGACCUCAACAAUGCCGACAGUCGCGGACGGACGCCGCUGAUGGAGGCCGCGCUCUGGGGGCGGCUGAAGGUCGUGAACUUUCUGCUCGAGCACGGCGCCAAUCCGCGCGCAAAGGACCGCAAGGGGCGCGGCGCCUACUUUUACGCGAGACCCUCGAGGAGGACCGCGAGGAUGCGAGAAGAGUCCGGUCACUACCAAGAGAGUGGCGAAGCCGAGGCCAACCGCAGGAUCAUCGUUGUCAAGCUCCAGGCCUUUGAGCCCGUCACGGCGGCCGAGGGAACAGCGAUCUUAGGCUCGUCUAAUGAGAUCAAGCAUGGUCACUUUAUCACGAAGACCACCGACUGGGGCAUCCAGAUCGGUUUCUACGAGCAGAGCAUCGCUUACGACGUCCCGGAUGGGUACAAGACGGUGGCGCGCCUUGACCGUGGCAGGCUGUUUCCAGUCGUGAGUGCCGCCAGCGGUUGGCGCACUGACUUUGCCGUCGAACACGUCCUCGACAACCGCGUCUGGCGAGACAACGUCCUCGAGCUGUGCCAACUGAUUGGAUACACCCUGCCUGAGGACGCUCGGGAUGAGCUGAGGCGGCCGGGCACAAAUAAUGCGUCGCAUGCCGAGAAGAAGCUCGUGGCCUACUACAUUAAUCAGCACGUCAUUCUUCCGAGCGUGUUCUUUGGAGGCGUCGCCGUCGACCAGCUAGGGGAGUGGAUGCAGCAGGAUCUCAAACUGCAGCAUCUCGCGGCUCUAUGCCCUAGGAUUCCCACAGUGUGGGCAACCAUACGAGUCAGCCGGGCCAUCUGCAGCGACUGCGAGCUCUUUAUCUCGCACAUUAGGGCUGUGCUUGGUGUUCCCUUUACGAUUGAGCAUUGCUAAGGUGGCUGGAGGCAGAGGGAUGGCGGGCGAGAGGCCAACGGCAGUUGAGGGCACAAAACACCGGGAGUUUACCAAAUCCAAGAAAUUCUAGGGCCCCUAGUCUCGUACGAAGAAUGCGCAAACCAUUUUGUCAGCAGACUUUCGAUCAAAACUAGCCUCAUCGUACAGUAAUAAUUGAACUAUGAUAGCGGUGA